AAAAAGUCAGUUCGAUUGUUGUUAAAUCCUCUACGUUACUGACCUUAAUUCAUAAGUCGUAAUAAAAAAACUUUAUCAGUUAUGCACCGACCACAGACAGUUUUUCUGUUUGAUGAGGCAUCAACCGUCACCCUACCGUUUAUUCCGCGCCUCUGUCUCUUACUUACGAUUGCACGUUUGUAUCACAAACGUUAAUAAUUCGACACAGCUUUAUAAUAUACAUACAUAGUUAUAAAAUUUUCAAAUGGUUAGGUAUAUAUAUAAUGAUUUCAUAAACUUAGAAUUUGCAUAACAUAUGUAACAUACAUCAAGCAAAACACGUGGACCGGUAACUCAAAUAUUGGUUGAUGUAUAUGGAGAUUUUCAUCUUUGGACCCGUUCUGUUUCAUGACUUUUUAAAACAUUUUCUUGGCAAAUUCUCAGCAUUUUCUUGGAAAUAUCUCAGUAUUUUUGUUCUUUGUAAUUAAAAAAUGCGAGCCUCAAGUUAUAUAUAUCAUCUAACUUACCUAAAAAGUAUUCAUCAUCUUCCAAAGUUUUAAAGUAAAAGAUCAAUGUUUACUUGUGCUCGAAUCCAAUGUUUUCACCGUCUUCUUCUACUACUCCACAAAAGUUCGAUGUCUUUCUGAGUUUCAGAGGCAAAGACACUCGCAGAAUCUUCAUCAGCUUUCUCUACAAAGAACUCAUUCGAAUGAGUAUUCGAACUUUCAAAGACGACGUUGAACUCAAGAGUGGCCGUCGUAUCUCUUCAGAUCUCCUUCUGGCCAUCGAGGGUUCCAAGAUCGCCGUCGUGGUUGUCUCCAAGAAAUAUCCUGCCUCUCCCUGGUGUCUCCAUGAGCUAGUCAAGAUCAUGGACGUCGAGAAACAAGGUUCGCUCACGGUCAUGCCCAUCUUCUACAACGUUGAGCCUUCUCAUGUAAGGAGACAGAUAGAAAAAGUGGCUGAACAGUUUACAAAACAUGAAGGGAGGGAGAAUCAUGAGACUGUUGUGUCAUGGAGGCAAGCUUUGACCAACUUGGCUAGUAUCUCUGGCCAGUGUUCUCGUGAUUGGGAAGACGACUCAAAGCUAGUCGAUGAGAUUAUUAAGAGAAUAUCCAACAUGUUGUUACUCUCUGCAACACCACCAAGUGACGGUAUCAACAACCAGCUUGGGAUCGAUGCACACAUGAAAGAGCUGUAUCCAUUGUUAGGUUUGAAUUCUAAUGAAGGUGUGAGACUGAUUGGAAUAUGGGCGAGAGGAAGCAGUGUAAGAUCAGCUCUAGCUAGAUUCGUCUACAAGAAAAUCCACAAGAAGUUCCAAAGCAAAUGCUUCCUAGAAAACGUUAAAGGUAUUCCACAGGAUUGUCAAAUGUCAAAUCUUAGAGACGAGUUUCUGAUAAGGAUCCAAGGAGGGUACACGACGAUGAAGACCUCUGGGUUGAUCAGAACGAGGCUCUCGAGCCAGAAAGUUCUACUUGUGGCUAACAAUGUGGAUAAACUGGAACAGUUAGAUGCUCUUGCAGAAGACUUUAACUGCUUUGGUCCUGGUAGUAUAGUUCUCAUAACUACACAUGAUAAACAGCUUCUUGUUGGGUUUGGGAUAAAGGUUGUGUAUGAAGUUGAGUGCUUGAGAUGCUUUGAAGUUCGUCAACUCUUUCGUCAGUCCGCUUUUAGAGAGAGAGACCUUUAUGUUGAUUCUGAGAUGUUUUCAACCUUAUCGGUGACUGAAUCUUCUGGUAACUCUGUUUAUGAUUCUUGAAUGGUUAGGUUUGUCUUAGAGUCACUUAAUAGAUGUGAGCUCUUUGCAUAUUAUACCCCUAUUAGAAUUAGGAGUUGCUUGUUACUUGUGUAUAGUUGCUAGUGUACAAAGAAGUAGAUAUUUACGGUUGAUCCAAUAGCAAAGCCACAGAAAGCUCAGUUGUUUUAGUCUUUGAGCUUCUCUGUCUUGGAAUAAGGAAUCAUUGGGCACUCUCUCUCCCUUCAUGCCUCACUGUAAUACUCUGUGUUUGUCUUAGUACUUUUGUGAAUACAUCAUAAGAUAGCCCAGCAUAUUAUGUAAAAA